UCACGAAUAAGAAUAAUAUCAUCGUCGUCCACAAAAUCUCUCGCUAAAACCCCAUUUCAUCAUCUCCCACUUCACUGGCAGCGGUGGCCGCUAGGGUUUCUCUAUAUUACCGUCGUCCUCCGCUAACCACCGCUCUCUCCGCUUCCUUCUCUAUAUUUUCUUCUGGUGCGGCGGCGAUGCCGGGCGUUGAUCCACAAGAGGCGCAGUGGCCGGCGAAAAAAGUGAGAGAGACUUUCAUUAGGUUUUAUGAGCAGAAAAAUCAUAAGAAUUGGAAAUCUAGUCCUGUUGUUCCUGUUAAUGAUCCCACUCUGCUGUUCGCUAACGCUGGAAUGAACCAGUUUAAGCCUAUUUUCCUUGGAACUGCUGACCCCAACACUGAAUUGAGUAAGCUAACUCGAGCAUGCAAUACCCAGAAGUGUAUUCGUGCUGGCGGGAAACAUAAUGAUCUUGAUGAUGUGGGGAAGGAUACCUAUCAUCAUACAUUUUUUGAGAUGUUAGGGAAUUGGUCAUUUGGAGAUUAUUUCAAGAAAGAGGCUAUUGAAUGGGCUUGGGAGCUUCUAACUAAGGUGUAUAAACUGCCUGCUGAGCGGUUUUAUGCAACCUAUUUUGGCGGUGAUGAAAAAGCUGGUCUUGCUCCUGAUACAGAAGCAAGAGAUAUUUGGCUCGAACUUUUGCCACCUGCCCGGGUGCUUCCAUUUGGCUGUAAAGAUAAUUUUUGGGAGAUGGGCGAUACUGGUCCAUGCGGCCCUUGCACAGAAAUACAUUAUGAUAGACUUGGUAAUCGGGAUGCUUCUAAAUUGGUUAAUAAUGACGAUCCUACAUGCAUUGAGAUAUGGAAUCUUGUCUUUAUUCAGUUCAACAGGGAAAGUGAUGGCUCCUUGAAACCUCUGCCGGCUAAGCAUGUUGAUACUGGAAUGGGUUUUGAGAGACUGACUUCUAUCCUUCAGAAUAAGAUGAGCAAUUACGAUACUGAUGUGUUCCUACCCAUCUUCGAUGCCAUCCAAGAGGCAACAGGGGCACGUCCUUAUUCUGGAAAAGUUGGACCUGAUGAUGUAGACAGGAUUGACAUGGCCUACAGGGUUGUUGCUGAUCACAUUAGAACACUCUCAUUUGCCAUUGCUGAUGGUUCUUGCCCAGGCAAUGAUGGUCGUGAAUAUGUUCUUAGACGAAUUCUUCGACGUGCUGUUCGGUAUGGAAGUGAAGUCCUGAAAGCUCAAGAAGGAUUUUUUAAUGGACUUGUAAAUAUUGUUGCCAAAGUGAUGGGUGAUGUUUUCCCUGAGCUAAAACAAAAUGAAGAACGUAUUAAGGAGAUAAUUAAAGAAGAGGAAGCAAGUUUCGGCAAGACUUUGGUCAAGGGAAUUGAGAAAUUUAAGAAGGCUGCACAGGAGGUUCAGGGGAAAACUUUGGGUGGAGAGGAUGCCUUUAUCUUGUGGGACACAUAUGGAUUUCCGUUAGAUCUGACACAGUUGAUGGCAGAAGAAAUGGGAUUACAAGUUGAUGUUGAGGGCUUCAAUUGCUGCAUGAAUGAGGCAAGGGAAAGGUCAAGGAAUGCUCAGAAUAAGCAAGCUGGUGGCAAUAUUGUCAUGGAUGCUGAUGCUACAUCUGCGUUGCAUAGGAAGGGAGUUUCUGCUACAAACGAUUCCUUCAAAUUUACUUUGUUUGAGGAACAUGAAAGUUUAAUAAAAGCUAUCUACACUGGUACUGAGUUCUUGGAAAGUUCUACCUCUGGCAAUGAAGUUGGUAUAGUUUUGGAAUCUACAAGUUUCUAUGCUGAGCAAGGUGGUCAGAUCUUUGACACUGGAUCACUUGAAGGGUCUUUCGGGUCAUUCCAAGUUUCUAAUGUGCAAAUAUUUGGAGGUUUUGUUGUUCAUAUUGGUUCUCUUAUUGGAGAGGUUGCCAGAUUUUCUGUAGGGGACAAAGUAAUUUGUAAGGUUGACUAUGAUAGGCGUAAGCUCAUUGCUCCCAAUCAUACUUGUACACAUAUGUUGAAUUUUGCUCUCAGGGAAGUACUUGGGAAUCAUGUGGAUCAGAAGGGAUCAAUUGUCCUUCCUGAAAAACUGCGAUUUGAUUUUUCUCAUGGCAAGCCAGUGGAUGCUAAGCUCUUAAGAAGGAUUGAGUCAAUUGUGAAUGAACAAAUUAAAGCAGAAUUAGAAGUAUUUGCGAAGGAAGCAACCCUUUCUGAAGCUAAGCGUCUUAAUGGUUUGCGUGCUGUUUUUGGAGAAGUCUAUCCUGAUCCAGUUAGAGUUGUGGCAAUAGGUCGAAAAGUUGAGGACCUUCUAGCUGAUCCGGAAAAUAAAGAAUGGUUAUCAAUCUCUACUGAACUAUGCGGAGGGACCCAUAUUUCAAAUACAAGGGAAGCAAAGGCAUUUGCGCUUUUAUCAGAGGAGGGAAUUGCAAAAGGAGUACGAAGAAUAACUGCUGUUACAACUGAGGGUGCUUUUAAGGCAAUGGAGCUAGCAUCCUUGCUUGAGCAGGAAGUCGACGAGGCAUUCAAGUUAGAAGGAAGCUUACUGGAAAAGAAAGUAGCUUCCUUAAAAAGCCGUGUGGACUCGGCACCUGUUCCAGCUGCCAAGAAAGCUGAUAUUAAAGCUAAGAUGUCUACACUCCAGGAUGAAAUUAGAAAAGCACAAAAGAAGAUUGCUGAAGAAAAUAUGCAGAAGGCUGUGAAGGUAGCAACAGAGAUGGCUGAAGUAGCUGCUUCUGAAGGCAAGGAAUUCUCCAUAUCUUGUGUUGAUGUUGGUUUAGAUGCAGCUGCAGUCCGUGAGGCAGUCUUGAAAGUCUUGCAGAAGGGAAUCUCUGCUAUGGUUUUCAGCAUUGAUGAAACUACAAACAAGGUUGCGGUAUGCGCAGGAGUGCCUGAAAAGGGAGACAAGAGCAAGCAGCUGGAGGUGUCUGAGUGGUUAACUGCUGCUUUGGAGCCAUUGAAGGGAAGAUGUGGUAAGGGAAAAGGGGGUCUUGCCAAUGGCCAGGGAACAGAUGGGGUUCAUUUGGACAAGGCCAUGGGGUUGGCAGCAUCUUUUGCUCAAAUGAAAUUGAAAUGAACAAAAAAGAAAAGAAAAGAAAAAGGAAUUCUAAUCUUUUGUUGUAUACUUUAAUACUGCUGCACUUAACUUCAACUCGAUCCUGAUGAUUACAUGGUCAUUGUCGCUACUAGCGAGCAACUAGAUAUGAUGAUUACGGAGCUACCGGAUGGAAGCACCGUUUAUUUAACUCGAUGAUGAUUAGACUGAGUAGCUUUUUAUUCUUCUUUUUAAUUUAAUGUAACAAAUUAUAUUAGGGCUUUUUAUCCAAGUAACCAACAUUCAUGUCUUAUUAUCAAAUAUACGGGACAGUUUUUCCAUUUACUUUUA